UCUACCCACCGCCGACCACACGGAACCAUGAUGCUGAUGUUCUUGUUGACGCUGCCGACGCUCACAUGUGAGUGGGAAGACGGUUCUCCAGGUCACAUGAUGACAAUGAUGACGGACUGCCUGGGCGUGCGCUUCACAUGGCUGCACGCCCUCUUCCAGAACCUUCCGUCAGUGGUGAGCUUCGCACUGAAGCUGCGCUGUGCGAGCGGGCUGUGUCUUGGUGACCUGGAGGACUAUGGCUGUUCCUGCAGGUACCAGCCAGCUGGGGGCGCCGCCGACCCGCUGGACCUCUGCUGUGAGACUCACAGGCUGUGUUACCGCAUCGCUGCCCCCUGCAGUCCACAGCCGGCGCCCCUUCCCAGCAACCUCACCUGUGAGGCCGCCAACACCACCUGUACCUCAGAUGGCGACUGGUGCCAGCGGACGCUGUGUGCAUGUGACCAGGCUGCCAUUCACUGCCUGACUCACAACACCUACAACCGCACCUUAAGAGGUGGCCACGCCUCCUCCUGCUCACCUGCCAACCAAACAGACUUCCUGCUCGGCCAAGACGUCGCAGUUAACGAAUCCCUCAGCUUCUUUCCUGCGUCAAACUCUUCCUACCUUACAGCAGAAAAGUUGGACCUGGAUGCAGUGGGCGGGGCCAACAACUACAGCCAGCAGAUGGAAACGGACUCCAUAACACCCCCUGCUGACCAGUGGGAGGCGCUCCAAGAGGAGGAAGAACAGGAAAUGAACGGAACCGCUCGUGAGCUGGAAGAAGACAAGGCAUCUGUCAGCGGCCCCCAGCAGCGAGAACUGUGGUUGCAUGACGACACACGGCAAGACGAGGAGGCGGAGUCAUCUCUGGAAGGAGAAUUGAGCGACGUGGCCACAUCUCCGCCGGCACCGUUUUCAGUCGUCUCGCUGCAGAGAACCACGGCGUCGGCCUCUUCUGAGGAAGACCAGGAUGAAGAGGAUCAUGACGCUGAUGAAGACGGUUCUAAGCACCCAACAACAACCACUUUGACCCCGCACACCACAGUGCAAAAAACACAUGGGCUCAGCACGUCCACCAGAACCACACUACCUGAGGAGGACACACAGGACAGAACCAGAACCUCCACAGACAAAGUGGAGUGUGAGGACCAGGAUGAGAAUCCAGAAUCAGAAGACCAGGAGGGAGGUCACAAGAGGGCCGUGCCGUUCUUCACGUGGUCCCUGCCGGACUCAGCCGGUCUAACAGAAGUCCAGACCGAGUCGAACGGUCCAGAUUGCAGCACCACCUCCUUCUACGUGUAUGCCAAAGACGGGCGAGCACGGCGCUCCAUGCCGGCGCUGGGCGAGAUGCUGCUCUGUCUGACCGGGCGAUGUCCGCACGAGUACGAGAAGUACGGCUGCUAUUGCGGCCAGGAGGGCGGUGGCCAACCUGUGGAUCGCCUGGACAGGUGUUGCUUCUUUCACCGGUGUUGUCUCAAGAAGACCCGCUCGCUGGGCUGUGGCGCCGACAGGAAGCUGAGUUCGCACGUGUCGUGCACAGACAGGAAGCCGCGAUGUCAGGGCGUGUCCGUGUGUGACAGGCUGCAGUGCUCGUGCCACAGAACCACCGCCGAGUGCAUGGCGGCGGCCCGCCUUGACCACAGUCUGCCGGCACCGCCCAAAUGCGGUGGCCCCGCGCCCCUCUGCCGCCGUGUCAGCAGACCCCCCAGCAACCCCAGACUUCCAUCUCAGUCUAGCGAAGAGCAGCUGGGCGGGGACUCCGGCUUGGCGGAGCUGGACACGCCUCUUGCACAUGGACGCAAUGACAGCGAGGAAAGUGUAGAGAAGCCUCAAACUCCUCCCCCUCACAGCUAUCAAGGAGGGGUCACCCAUCGUGCGAUACAAAGCCACACCCACAGGCCGAGUGCAGGUCUGAACCAAGGGAGGCCGGACGAGGAAGAUGAGGAAGAAGAAGAAGAGGAGGAGGAAGAAGAUGAGUAAAAUUGAAAGCAAAGAAAUGAAACACAUUUUUGAAGAAAAAAAAAAAAAGUACUUUUAGAUUUGUGCAACUUGAGCGCUCUGAUGGGCUGAUGUCACUGAAGACUGGUGCUCAAAUAUCAACUUUAUUACUUUACUGACGUCAAACAAACAUUUUUCACGAAGAUUGCCGCCGACAUGGAAAACUUUUUUUUGACUAAGUCAGAAGUACCCUGUGACAAGCAGUGCUGAGUUUGGCCUCGGCGCCAUCUAGUGCUUAAAAUCACGACGGACAUUUCGUACACAUGAAUGGGUCUUGAAUGCAGCAUGGUGGAGCACAGAUCUGUGGGCAUCGAUCGGCGGUUACUCUACAACAGUACAUCUAAAGAGCCCAGAGUGAUGGAGAAAACAUUCUCGAAGUGUUAGCAACAUAGUGCAAUAAAAUACUUUCAUCUGGUAGGCAGUGAUAGAAAAAUAGACAAUCUAGUGCUAAAAUUACAUUUAUCUUGCCUAACUUAAAUCUUGGUACUAAUUUUCUACUGCAUCAAAUAAAAGUCUAUUUGUCU